ACUGACAAGCCAGUGAUGUCAAGGUUGACGUUCUUCGUUACGCAGCGAACAAUGUUAUUUUUGUGAAUUAUUAAAUUUUUACUGUAUAACCAGAGCCAGUGCUUUGCAAAUAGUUCUUACUUAAAGUAUGGCUACGUGAAAAAUAUAAUUUUUGUUACUUAAAUACUUUGUGUUCACAAUGGAGGAGACAAACAAACUUCCGCUGAAGCGUGUGGAACUUCCACUAUCGAAGUUUAAUGAAGUAGCUAUUCCACACCAUCUCGACUUAUUGCGACAACACAAAACGAAUAUUAUUAAGUACGAAGAGGCGGGCGAGUGGGCGCGCGUGCGAGCCGAGCAGACGAACGCACGGCGAGUGGCGGCGCAGCUGCGGACACUACUCGGCGAGCUGGAGGCGCUGCGGCGCCAGGUGCGCGCGCCCGACCUGCGCCGCUUCGACGCGCUCACGCAGCGCUCCAGGGACCUCACGCUCAAGGCGAUCGUCGACUACUUAGGAGUAAUUGAAAGCAGUUGUAGAUCGAUUGUUUCUGAAAGCAGAUCAUCCUUGUGCAGUGAAACGUCUCCGCUGUCGAUCAACCGGCGCUCGGAGGAGCCGGCGGUGGCGGGCAGCGCCGUCAGCACCGACUCGGUGGGCGUGGUCGCGCACGCGGCGCCGCUGCAGCUGCAACUGCAAGUCGAGGACCACGAGGCGAUUCUGCGCGAGCGCGAGGCCGUGCUGCGCGGAUGGAGCGCGCUGCAGCGGGAAGUGCGCGCGCUGCACGAGGCCUGGCAGCUGGUGCAGUGCGCCGCCAGCGCACAGCGGGACCAGGUUACCAAUACGGCCACGAAUAUAGAAACGGCAGCGGAAAACGUGCAAGCUGCACGAACGGAUCUCGCUCUCGCUGAAAGGAUCCGCGCGGGCGCGUACGGCGUGGGCGGCGCGGCGCUGGGCGCGCUGGCGGCGGGCCCGGCGGGGCUGGUGGUGGGCGCGAAGGCGGGCGCGGCGGCGGCGCUGGCCGGCUCGCUGCUGGGCUACGUGGCGGCGCGCGUGCUGGGCUCGCGGCGCCAGCGGCAGCUCGACAUAGCGCCCGCGACCGCUCGCGACAAGGACGACUAGCAGCGGCGGCGGUGUGUCGUCGCCUGAGCGCGCCGACGGCACACCCGCCUCGCUUCGACCUUCGCAGGCGCACUCCUUAAGGGGUGGUUCCGCACCUGUCAUGACGGCGUCAAUGAAUCGGUUGACGGUGACUGUAGUGAACGGACAUGUGAGCUCAUCCGCUUUCAUUGGGCGUGCCGUUGACGCGUUUUAAUUCCAUAGACAAUUAUUAUAAUGCAUAAUUCCGCAAUAGUGGUGGAUCUGUAUUAGUCAAUAACCAGUAGAUACGUAUCGAAUAAUAUCAAUACUAAUGCUAAAAAAGAAUUUGCAAAAGCACACUUUAUCAAAAUUCAAUGCUUUUUGCCCAAGCAUGCUUUUAAGUUUGAGUAGAGUAAAGAGCUUCAUUUUUGAGAUCAAUAAGACUUUCUUUUGGGUCGCAAAACAACAUAGAUAUUGGCGGUACAUUCGUGUUUCUGGCAUGUCGUAGCGAGAUGAACGACUAUUACCCAAUGUAUUAUGUAUUUUUUAAUAAGAAUAACGGACAGUGAUCAAUAAACAUACUGUUAAAGUUCCUGCUAACACAUGCCCACACGCGUUUAGGUGGAAUUCAUUUAUUGUUUAAGCUGGGUCUCCAGCGCGUGUUUUACCCUACACCUACACAAUCAACAAAAUCAAUUUUGUUUAAUGUUGAUAUUCAACAAAUUGUAUAGAAAAUUUGUUGAAUGCUGACAUGUUUUUGUUGAUUGUGUAGGUAUAGAAUAAUAAUAAAUGUUCUACGUAAUAGUGUAGGGCAAAACAUUCGCUGGAGACCCGACUUUAUUUAUAUUUACAAAUAUUUUUUUCUUUAUUAUUUAAUAUAAACAUUGUCAAAGGAAUAUUUAAAGCAACUUUAAAUGAUUGUAAAUAUUUAUAAUAUGCACAAUGCUGUGAUAUAUUUAUUUACACCUGUGUAAGCAAUAUAAGCUCACACAUUUUGUAAACUUGUAUAAUAUAGGUAGUUGUGUAAUAUAAU